CUGACUUACACCAGUCAUCCUUCAACAGUCUCACAGGUUGGACAGAUCUUCCAAAUCUCGUUGGCUGGAAAUUUUUGUGAAAUUUUAUUGACUGCUACUGUUGGAUAACGACAGAUCUACUUGAAUUUUUGAGGCCGCAGUCGGAUAAAAUGAACCGGCUUCUGUCAAAAUGUUAUUCUGUGAAACCAAACUUACUAAAUACACUUCGAGAAAAUGGUAUAAACACAGUGGCUGAAUUUAUGUGCUGUGACACUGAGAGACUGGCUCAGAGAAUCUCAGUUUCAACAGAGGAUCUGUCAUCCCUACGGGACACAAUCACUACUCAAACAGCUGCAUUCACCAUGAAUGGAACUGAUUUAUACCAGGAAAUGAUGUCAAGAUAUCAUAUCCUUUCAACAGGUUGUGAUAAUUUAGAUGAGCUCCUUGAUGGAGGUUUGCAUACAGGAGAACUGACAGAAAUUGUUGGAGCUGCUGGUGUUGGCAAGUCUCAGAUUUGUAUGAGCAUUGCCUUGUUCACUGCCAUGGAAACAAAGAAGAAUGUUCUCUACAUUGAUACAGGAGGAUCAUUCAGUGCCACAAGGGUUAAAGACAUGUUAGGACAGCGGGAUAAUUCCUUAGCAAGUCAGGACAUCUGUAACAUACUGUCCAGAAUAUUAGUUAUUCAAGCAUAUGAUAUAUUCUCAAUAAUUGAAGCUCUUGAAAGAGCAAGAGAGAGGAUAUGUAACCAGGAUGACGAUGAUGAUGAUGACAUGCAACAUCUUCAAAUGAUAAUUGUGGAUUGUGUAGCAGCAGUUAUUUCUCCUAUACUUGGAGGCCAGCAAAUUCAAGGCCAUUCAUUGAUGGUGGGCCUCUCAAGAAUUUUGAAGUCAUUAGCUGUUGGGCAUUCAGUUGCAGUAGUGAUCACCAAUAAUGUUGUAACCGAUUCAUCCAAGACAUCAUUUUCUACCAAACCAGCCCUAGGGAGGACUUGGGCUCAUAUUCCAAACACCAGAAUAUUCAUUCAAAAGAAUCCUACAUCAGAAGCAAACAGUAUCAGAAAAGAAAGUAUCAUAGCCACUUUAAUCAAGUCAUCCAGACAGAGGUUACAAACGCCCUUUGUUUUAUACAUUAAUCAAGGCGGUCUUUUCAGCCGUACAUACACAUAAGCAAAAAGUGUGUGAGGUCUUUACAACCCUUACUAAAUCCAAAUGAUUACCAAUCGAGUCACAGCCCUUGAGAAGAGAACAUAGCCAAUUCUACUGAAGUCUGCAUUACUAAUUACAAUGACAACUGGCCACUCGAAUGAUCGAGCAUGAACCAUGUGAUCCAAAACCACUACAUCUUCAUCUUCUCCAAUGGUGCAAACUGGUACUCUUUCAUCCUUCAAAUGGGGAGAGAGUUCAUCAAUCCACUUUUGACCAGGGACCAGAAUAAAAACUCUGUUAUGGUAAAAUCUAUUGCCUUCCUUUGCCUAUUCAUUAAUCUCCUUCAGGAUGAACUUCAAAUAGACGAGUCUGCCGGCGUUGUUCAGUGCCUGUAAAUUCAUGUUCCAGAUGUGGAAAGGAGACUGGAGGUCCACAAACAUUGUGACCAAGGUGUAUCGGAUGGUUCCAGUAUUUUUCGGCAAGAGUAUUCUGCUCUAAGUUUUUUCAGCGCAGGGAAAUCCUAAGGCAACUCUGCAAUAUGCUGAAUACCUCUGGCGUGCAUAUCAUAACUGUCUUUGUUUCACAGAGCUCGACAACCAGCCUUGGAAUUUCUUCAAUUUCGUCAAAGCUGCUCCAAUCUGUAGUCAUCCGCUGAUUGAUAUCAUAUGCAAUCCACUGAUAGUAAGGUCUGAUUGAUAUCAUAUGCAAUCCACUGAUAGUAAGGUCUGAUUGAUAUCAUAUGCAAUCCACUGAUAGUAAGGUCUGAUUGAUAUCAUAUGCAAUCCACUGAUAGUAAGGUCUGAUUGAUAUCAUAUGCAAUCCACUGAUAGUAAGGUCUCUGAUGAUGAGUCAAAAAUUUUGUCAAUGAACCUACAUCUGGUAAACUUUGAAAUUCAUCAACAAAGGUAUGGAACUCAGCCACACUUUCCCUCUGCUCAGGCAGAGAGGAGAGGAAAAAGGGUAUCUGGUAAUGCGUUACAAUUAAAACUGUUCCUUCGUAAGUUUUAUCUCUUUUAAGGAAUUUCUGAAAGAACUUCAAACUUCAACGUUUCAUUUUGAAGGGCUCAGAAUCCUGUUCAAAAGCCUGCUUAUCCUGUUUAAAAUUGAAGUGGAGAAAGGAAAUUUCGUUAUUUGUAAAGAAUUGUUGGUAGAGCUCACCAAGCCGUGUUGAUACAAAUAUGACCACCUUUUCAUUUUUCUUUACACAUUCCAGAGCUUUGUGUUAGAUUAAAAUUGUUUUUCCACUCCCUGA